AUGAAUCAGGAACCAACAUAUGUUUAUCUACCUCCAUCACUAAGAUUCCCUGUUACAGUUGUUUCUAUUAGUGCAAAAGUUUUUCAACCAGUGAAAAAACAUGAUUUGUUGCUUUCUUAUAGAUAUCAAGGUACAUUUACAGAAUAUGAUGAAGAUGGGUCAGAACGAAACGUUGCUCGUGAAUAUGUAGAUGUUUUUCAAAGUCCCAUUGAGGGUAUUGUUGAUUCGUGGUUUGUAAGAGAAGGGGUUGUAGUUAAAGAUCAAUAUAUACGUAUUCUUUCUAUUAUUGAACCAUGUCUUCAUUCGGUUCAGUAUCAUGGUUUAUGUGCUACGUGUGGUAGAGAUGUUACACAACAGGAUUUUAUGGGAUUUUCGGAUUCUACAAGAGCAACAAUUCAAAUGUCUCAUGAUGCGACUAAAUUGACAGUAAGUCGACAAGAGGCGGCUAGACUUGAACGAGAAACAGCAGAACGUUUAUUGAAUGAAACAAAGUUAUCGUUGAUUGUUGAUCUUGAUCAAACAAUUCUUCAUGCAACAGUAGAUCCUAUUGUUGGGGAAUGGUUAUCGGAUCCUUCUUCUGAACAUUAUGCAGCUGUUCAAGAUGUUCAAACUUUUUGUCUUAGAGAAGGGAAUGCAAGUAUAGGUAGUUGGUAUUAUAUUAAAAUGCGACCGGGGCUGGAACAAUUUCUUGAAAAUAUUAGUAAAUUAUAUGAAAUGCAUAUUUAUACAAUGGGGACACGAGCGUAUGCCGCAUCAAUUGCUCAAUUAAUUGAUAAGGAUAAGAAAUAUUUUGGAGAUAGAAUCCUGAGUCGAGACGAAAGUGGAAAUACUACGCAAAAAAAUAUACAAAGACUCUUUCCUGUUGAUACAAGUAUGGUUGUUAUUAUUGAUGAUCGUGCAGAUGUAUGGCAAUGGAGCCCAAAUUUAAUUAAAGUUACUCCCUAUGAAUUUUUUGUUGGAAUUGGAGAUAUUAAUGGAGAUUUUGUAGCAAAUAAGCCUUCAUUACAUAAUUUUUCAUCUUCACUUAUGUCCGCUUCGCUAUCAACAUUGCAAACAUCUCCAACUGACCAACAAACCGUGUUUUCAUAUUCUCCUGAAACACAUUUUAUACCCACUCAUGAUAAUGUUUAUAAUGAUAUACUUACGAAUGAUCUUAAUGCUGUUUUGCAGGAUGAUUUUCGACAGGCCAUGUUUGAGCAUAAGAUUAACUCUCUGGUUUCUGGAAAUCAGAACGUUUUAGUCGUUGUUGAUGAUCAAAUAAAGACAAAUCAAUCGUUUAAUGGAAUGAACCAUUUGGAAUUCUUCAAAAAACCGACGGAGAAAAUUUUUUUUCAUAAUAAUGAUACAGAAUUGUUGCGUUUAGAAUCAUCUUUAAGAUUGGUUCAUAAAGAAUUUUAUAAAGAAUAUAACAGGCUUUUGAAAACGAGAAAAAAACAUGAUUUAAUUGCAUCUUUUUCUGAAAAUAUUAAUUCACAAAAAUAUUCUGAUCCAGAUAUAAGUAAAAUGGAUAUUAAGAUAAUAAUGCCAGCCCUCAAAUCAAAUGUAUUAAAAGGAACCGUUUUGUUAUUUUCAGGUGUAAUACCUAUGGGUGUUGAUGUUUUAAGUUCUAACAUUGCUCAAUGGGCCAUGAAUUUUGGAGCUGAAAUUGCUAUAAAUAUUUCUAAUGACGUAACACAUUUGAUAGCUACAAAGAUACGUACAACUAAAGUAAAAAAAGCUCUUCAACAAAAGAAUAUUAAAAUAGUAUCUGUUGAUUGGCUUCUUCAUUCUAUAUCUCAUUGGAAACGAUUACCUGAGUCCGAUUACUUAUUGCAUUCAUUUUCCGAGAACGAUAUUUUUAAUAAUAUGCAAUUUCAACAGGAUUUUCAUUCUUUAUUAGAUAUAAACACGGCGAAUUCAUAUGAAUUUAUUUCUUCUGAUAAUAAAGAUACUAAUGAGAAUCAUGAUAAAGAUACACAUAAGGUUUUUGAAUCUAUAAAUAAUGAAAAUAAAGUUGAUGCUAUCGAUUGGGAAGAUGCGAUUAGAGAGGUUGAUGAAUUUUUAGCUGAAUCGUGCGAUAGUGCUUUGAGCAGUGAUGAUGCUUCUAAAGAUAAAAUUGUCCCGACUUUUGAAAAGAAAAGAAAAAUAUCUUAUUUAUUUGAAACUGAUAAAUCAUAA